CAUUCUCUCUCCAAUAGAAAAACAAAAACAUAAAUUUCAUCGAAAGACUCCAUUAUAAAGUUAAACCAUUUUCAUAUUAGAACCCUUUCUAAACACUAUCUCUCACAAGUCAUCAUUUUCAUAUCCUCCAAACCACAACAACCUCAAAAAACAAGAAGAACCUGUUCUUCUCAAAUGUCCACACCAAUUCUGCUACCGCCACCACCACCACCACUACUACCCUUAGAGGUAACCCAAUUACCACCCUUAGAUGUAACCCAACAGGCAUACACAACCCAUUCUAGUCAAGGGUCGGUCGGACCCGUCAUUGCGGUUCUUGCAGUCAUCACUGUUCUGGGUAUCAUUGCAGGUAUGAUUGGUAGGCUUUGUUCCGGUCGCCGGGUCAUGGGCUAUGGCGAAUACGACGUUGAAUCAUGGAUAGAAACCAAAUGCUCUUCUUGUAUCGGCAGCAGAACAGCCCCUCCUCCACCACCAUCAUCUCCUCCGCCAGUGAAUGAACCUGAUGCUGCUGAGGAUUCUCAAGAGAUAAAAGAAGAUCAACAGUCACAACAAUAAUCCAGGCAAAGCUCACUUGGUCAUAGUAGUAGUUAAUUAAUUACUCCAUUUUAAGAACAAGCAAUUUUCAUGUUUAGGGUUGUUAUGUGUUUUCAAGAAGUAAAAUUUUAUUGUUUUCA